GCAAAGGAAUAGAGAAGCCUUAAAAGCUUCUUAACCCUCACACCAUUUUCCUGAUCUCUGCCUUUCUUUCUCUCUCUUUCUCUCUUCUCACUGCUUUUCCCAUCAGCAGAAAAAGAUUGUUACACCACCUCAUCUUUUGCACUCUGUCCCUUUUUCUGAUUCUGUUUUAUUUUAUUUUUUCUUUCUUUCCCUCUGUCUCAUUUAUUCCAAUUCCACUUUGAUCUUUUUUCUGUCUCUCUCUCUCUCUCUUUUUCCGUCAGACAUAUACACACAAACACACAUUCUCUUUGCUUUUUUCUCUUCUGCUGUCAGCUUUUCUCUCUCUCUAUCUCCACCCAUCUGCACACCCCUAACAGAUACAGUGAGCGAGAGAAGAGGGAGAGGGAUAGAAAAAGAGCGUUUUGCAGCACGGAGACCCUUCCAGCACUCCCAGGCAUCCCGUGGAUCUGCUCAUAUCUCCUGAAUGCUUGUUGCAGUCAUAUAGGGGAAUUAUUCUUAAGGCUACUCUGCUUCUGACCUUUUGAGGAAUUAUUUUAGUACGACUUCAGUGUGAAGUAUUUAAUAAAGCACAACUGCUGUUUUCGUUGUAUGCUGUCACUUGUGGCACAGAGAUUGAUGGGAGGGACAACCAAUGGCAGAGAGGCAGGAGGAGUGGUCAGAGAAGGAAUUGCCGAUGUUGACUACAACAGGACCUUCUGAAGUUGUGCAUAUUAUUACAAACCUUCAGUCAGGAGGUUUGCCAGAUGAAGUAUUGGAGGAUUUACUGAAGGAGAAAGAACUUGGUGAGGAGUCUGCAUUACCAUGGACAAGAGUCAUGGAAAAGAUCACGCCAGAAGAAGAAGAACAUGAAAGAACUGAAUUGGCAGUGUCUGAGGUUUGCAAGUCUAAUAUAGGUAUUGCAAUUAAUGUCCAAAGUAAAACAGGGGGUUCUUCAGAUUUGGAGAGGUGCACAGCAGCAUUUGUUUCCCCUAACCAGGAUAUGCAUGGAGGGGGAAUGCACUCGUAUGCGGUGGUUGCUGUACAAAAUGGAAAACAGACUACAAAAGCUGUUGGAAAGCCCCAACCAAAACCCCUGGAGGGCGCAUGCAUGACCGUCCGAAAAGGCGAAAAAAUGACGAUAAGCAUACAGGAACAUAUGGCUAUUAACGUCUGCCCAGGGCCAAUUCGGCCCAUCAAACAGAUCUCAGACUAUUUUCCCCGUUUCACUCCAGAGCCUACCACAGACGGCAGUUAUGGGACCAAGUUGCGAUCACCAGGUGGUGGACAGUCUGACAUUUCUCCCAUUGACAUCUCACCUACAGGACGCAGUGCCUUUGGAGCUGGGGCAGAUCCGAAUGCUGACUUAGACAGUUAUGACUCAGAUGAUACAACUGCUCUUGGGACACUAGAAUUUGAUCUCUUCUAUGACCAUGUCAACUGUGCCCUGCAUUGUGAAGUUCUCCGGGCAAAGGGUCUGAAGCCUAUGGACUUUAAUGGACUAUCUGACCCCUACGUUAAACUCCAUCUACUUCCUGGUGCUUGCAAGGCAAACAAGCUCAAAACCAAGACAGUGAGGAAUACGCUGAACCCUGUCUGGAAUGAAACACUGACGUACUAUGGGAUCACAGAGGAAGACAUGUCACGUAAAAUUCUCAGGAUCUCCGUCUGUGAUGAAGAUAAACUCAGUCAUAAUGAGUUCAUUGGAGAGACUCGGAUACCAUUGCGUAGACUGAAGCCCAGCCAGAAAAAGCAUUUCAACAUCUGUCUGGAAAGGCAGGCUCCGCUGGCAUCACCAUCUGCCAUGACAGCAGCCCUGAGAGGCAUUUCCUGCUACCUCAAAGAGCUGGAGCAGGCAGAAGAGUGGCAGUUAGAAGAACGAGGCCGCAUUCUCCUCUACCUCACGUACUGUACAGAGAGAGGCGGACUUGUGGUGGGGAUCGUCCGCUGUGCACACCUUGCUGCUAUGGAUGUCAAUGGCUACUCAGACCCUUAUGUGAAAACGUACCUUAAACCAGAUCUGGAAAAGAAAUCCAAACACAAGACUUCUGUCAAGAAAAAGACCCUCAACCCAGAGUUCAAUGAGGAGUUUUUCUAUGAGAUUCAACACUGUGAUCUGACCCAAAAGAGCCUAGAAGUUACUGUAUGGGACUACGACAUUGGCAAAUCAAAUGAUUUCAUUGGUGGUGUAACUUUGGGUAUGAAUGCCAAAGGGGAGUGCCUGAAACACUGGUUUGAGUGCAUCAAAAACAAGGACAAAAAGGUGGAACACUGGCACACACUAACCAAUGAGCUUCCAGGAUCCACGUUCAGUGAUUAAAUGGCUCACUUCCUGAUUGGCUGAUUACCACAACAGGAAAAAGGGACAGAAAGAAAGAGAGAGAGACUAAGAAUGGAAAACAAGGCAGGUGAAAUCAAUAUUCGCCAAGAAGUUCUUGAUGGACUGCUGGAAGCAAACUGGAUUCUGUCCCCACAUCUGCCAGCAAGUUUACAAGCACUGAAGAACUAAAACCCCUGUUCUUCUCUGUCCCCAAAGUGUCUUCUGUGUGCAUUUUUGUUAAGAAAGGCUUCCAUUUUUAGCACAGCAGCACGCAGUUGUUUUGCACGUUUACACUAAAGUUUUAAAAAAAUCACAAUCCCGUUUUUUGUGAGGGUGUCGAUCUGUGGUACGACUUUUUUUAAAUGAAUGUUAUUUUUGUAAAACAAAAUUUGCAAGAAAAUGUUUUUUUAAGCAUGCCGUUCAGCUAGCUGGUUAAUGUGGUUUGUGGAAAAUUAACCUGUUCUCAGUCACUUUAGUAAAUUCAGAAACUAUCAAGGCAGGCAUUUUGCAACUCCACUCCUCAAAAGAAAUCCUUCAAGAAAUGACUUUACAUACCUCAAAGCCCAGUUUCAAUUAUCAUUCCUACUACAUCAGGUGCACCUUUUGCAUGUACCACAAAAAUAUUACUAAGAAAUGCAUUCUACCAUGCUGAUAUAAAUAAGAAAUGCAUUCUAUCAUACUGCAGCAAAGAUUUAAACCCUGGUAUUUCAAGAAGCACUGUGAACUCAACACAGUAUGGUACCCACACCUGUCAACAACUUAAUAUUUUAAGUCAUAUAGUUUUCAGGUAUCAAAUGUUUCUACAUUUGUACUUUAUUCUGUCUCACUGUCAUAUAGCUUGUAUGUCAAUACCACUCAAAGAAAAGUUACUUCCUCCUAGAUAUAAAAUGUAUUGGGGUACAAUAUACAACAUAAAAACAUUCACAGCUACUGACAACUCAGAGAAAACAUACAAAAUUAGAACUCUUCAGUCUGCAGUCAGUACAUGUUCAGGGUUCUAAACAACUUUUCAGGAAGACAUAAUGUUUUCACGAAACUAAAGAAAAAAAAUCUUGACUGAUGCAAAUGUCUGAAGAAAACAAGACAGAGGCAUUUGUAUGCGCUACUGCUAAUCAUUAGCAGUAUGUUGGCCCCACUCUUUAUCUGCAUAUCUACCUGAGAUGAUCAUAAGCUCAUAGGAGGUUACUAGGCUAAUGGCCCUGGGGCCCCAAGCCUAGCCAAGAGUUUAUCCCCAAAAAAGA